ACAUUCAACACCUACACUGACUUCGCCGUGUACCUUAAAGGCAGGAAAUGCCCGAAAUGCAACGUUAACUUCAUCCAAACUAACAAGGACGUCGACGAGCUGUUCCAAAGCUGGCUAAAUGGGACUGUGAACUCGCGCAUCCAGUGCAAGAAGUGUUCAAUAGCUACUUGUAUCGCCUGCCCUGGGAAGAGUAAGCCUAUAGUAAGCGACGUGAACGGCGCCAAAGUCAGCUGGUGCUGCAGCCGUGGACGCCUGUUCAUCAUCUGGGUUAUGCUGUGUGGAUUUGAUCAGAUAUACUGCAGCCGGAAGCGCCUCGAAGCAUCGACGAGCGGUAAAAGCCGUCAUGUCUCCUCUGGCAGCGGGGUGGGAUACGGCUCGGGUUACGGCUCCAAUCACAGCUCCAGUUACGGUCCAGGUGAUUAUAAUGCUCUUUUCGCCGAGGACGCAGAGAAGAAAAUAGAUCGCUUUGAUAUGAUGAUUUUUAGACUCUUAGCGGUACUAUGUCCCUCGCCGGGCAACGAUGCAAACGAGAAUACGCCCCUCAGCAGCUUCGAUGUGAGGCCUCCAAAGGCAGUCGUGUCAAUGCUAGUCAACAGCAAAAUCCUCAACAAGGCCGCGGAGCUGCUGAGGAACGAUAGCCUAGAUAAUGCGACGCAGAGGACGGAUCUAUACAUGGCGUUGAUCACCUUUCUGAAAAGAGUAGGUGUGCAUGAAGUGUCGAAGCAAGAAGUCAUCUUCAACGACCGGGUAAUACUGCCUGAUACUGUCAAUCUAUUGACGUUGUCAUUCACGGGCGCGCCCUCUAAAGCCGGCGAAACAGCUUCGUCGAUUGCGGAUGGACUGAGAAGAUUGAACAUUCAAUGCGAUAUGAUGAUGCACGGGGCGCAGAAGGCAAGGCAAGAGUUUCAAGACCAACGGGGACAAGAUAUGCUCUGGCUGUGUCGCGAGAUCUCGGACUUGUCAACGCACCUCCAGAUUGACAAGUGGUGGGCUCAAGUUGGCAGUAAAGGUACCACACAGGCGGAUGAUUUCGGCGUCGUCGAGGUACCAGAUGAGCAGAUUUGGCCUACAUUUGCUUAUGCUAGGCAAGCGCAAGGACUGAACCUGUCUCCGACUGGUCGAAUCAGGCGACUGAUAACGGAGAUCACGUCGCUUAAGACGGGAUUGUCAUCGGGGAUAUACGUGAAGCAUGCCAUGUCUCGACCUGAUGUGAUGAAAAUCCUCAUUAUCGGCCCCGAAGGCACGCCAUACGAGAAUGGCCUUUUCGAAUUCGAUCUGUGGUGUCCAGCUGAGUAUCCACGUACACCUCCACUAGUACGGUUCGAUGGUAAAGGCUCAGUCUACGCCCUGAAUCCAAAUCUGCACCUGGAUGGAAAAGUCUGCCUUUCGCUUCUCGGCACAUGGGAAGCCGGACACAAAGGCGAGGAAUGGCAGCCUGGACAAUCCACGAUUCUCCAGGUCCUCAUCAGCAUCCAAGCCUUCAUAUUUUGUGACGAUCCUGUUCAAAAUGAGCCUGGAUAUGGCGCCAUACCCGGUGUGCAGAGAGAUCCUUCGCGCUCCCUAAGAUACAACAAGAUAGCCCGUAACCUGGUGGUCAAGCACGCUAUGCUGAACUGGGCGCAGAAUCCUCCCAAGCUCUGGAAAGAGAUCGUAACGCAGCAUUUUCAGAAGAACGGAAAUAAAAUCUUGCAAACUGUUGAACAGUGGGUGAGCGAGUCG